AUGGCCGGAAUGCCUAUGCACCCCCAGACGCAGGAGUUUAACGGGCUGCCCAUGGACGAUGGCAUGCAGUCGAUGGAUCUGGAUAUGGGGUCGCUGGACGGAGCCGAGGGCGGCCAGAACGGCGGAUUCUCCUUUGCGGAUCCACAGAUGCAGGCCGCGAGUCUACCAGCCAGCAGCACCAUGGGCGACAUGCAGAUGACAGGCGCAGGCGCUGGGCCUCUACCGACGGGCUUCGGCGCCCCCAACAUGAACCCCUCGGGCAGCACCCUGACCGAGUUCACCAAGCGGCGGAACUGGUCGCAGCGCGUGCUGGAAGAGCUGCGCGACCUGCUGCACAUACUGACUCCCGACGGCAGGGUCCUCUAUGUCUCCCCCUCAUGCAAGGCGCUCACGGGCUGGGACCCUACGCAUGUCAUGGGCCGCUUCAUCAACGAGUUCAUCCACCCCGACGACAUUGGCAUCUUCGUGAAAGAGUUCAAUGAGUCGAUCGCGUCCGGCAACCCGCUCCGCUUCUUCUACCGCUUCCGCAAAACCGACGACACAUGGAUCAUCUUCGAGUCGCACGGCCACCCGCAUCUCAGCAGCGACCAGAACUCGUUUGCGCCGCCGAACACCAUCAACUGCCGCGGCUUCUUCAUGAUGGCGCGCCCCUACCCGACCAAGAACGCCGCCCUCCUCGACUCCUUCCUCGAACACAAGAUAGAGAACGAGCGCCUCAUGAAGCGCAUAGCCGAGCUCAAGCGGGAGGAGCAGGACGAGCAGGACGACUGGGCAAAGAAGACGGAAGGCGCCACCACCUCGGUGACUCCUUCCGAAUCGCAUGUCACGCAGAACAUGAGCCAGGCCGAUGCCGCGUCCUAUGCGCAAAUGCCGCCGCCAGCCAAGCCAGUCAUCUCCAACACCGCCCUCACCCGCCAGAACCUCGACGAGGCCCUCGCCGCAAGCAAGCCCGAUAGUAUCAACGACAAGAUGAUGCGGUAUGAGGGCGCAAAUCAUCUAGAAACAAUCGAGAUGUUGACCGGCCUCCGGUACAGGGACGGCGAGCGCUCACAGGGUAUAAGUACCGGUGACGCCAGCCCGAACCUCAUCCGUGGCGAUGCAGGCAUACAAAUAUCGCUAGACCGCGAUGGCCGAAAUUCUUCUGACAAGAAGAAGAAGCUCAAAAUCGCCGACGAAUACGUUUGCACAGACUGCGGCACAUUGGAUUCGCCCGAAUGGCGGAAGGGUCCAAAUGGGCCGAAGACACUGUGCAAUGCAUGCGGAUGUAAGUCGUCAACUCCAGAAGCAAGGAGGUAUAACAUGCUAACUGCGACAGUGCGCUGGGCAAAGAAAGAAAAGAAAAAACAACAAGGUCCUACCAGUAUGCCAAGUGGAAGUGGCAUGAUGCAUACACCAUCCAUGCCAAUGCACAGCAGUACGGGCUCUAGCUAA